AUGCUGUCUGAAGCUGGCACUACUCCUGCAGAUACAUCGGAUCGGCCGAGCACUUCACUUUUAUCCCUGACCUCCAACUCUGUUGGCCCCUCUACUACCUCUGCUCCUCACUCUUCUGACUUUACUACUCUCACCCCUGUCAGCCCCUCUACUACCUCUGCUCCUCACUCUUCUGACUUUAUUACUCUCACCCCUGUCAGCCCCUCUACUACCUCUGCUCCUCACUCUUCUGACUUUACUACUCUCACCCCUGUCAGCCCCUCUACUACCUCUGCUCCUCACUCUUCUGACUUUACUACUCUCACCCCUGUCAGCCCCUCUACUACCUCUGCUACUCACUCUUCUGACUUUAUUACUCUCACCCCUCACCUCUACUACCUCUGCUCCUCACUCUUCUGUCUUUACUACUCUCACCCCUGUCAGCACCUCUACUACCUCUGCUCCUCACUCUUCUGUACUUACUACUCUUACCCCAUUCAGCUCCUCUCCUGCCUCUGCUCCUCACUCUUCUGUCUCUACUACUCUUACCCCUCUAUGCACAACUACAAUCUCAUCUGCUCCACACAGUUCGGAACUGACCACUGUCACCCCUCUAUUUCCUAG